AUGUCCCCCACAGUCCUCCUCAUCGGCGAACUCGCCCACACCACAGAAGAGUGGAAAGCCCUCGGCACUAAAUACACGCUCCUAGAGUUCCGCCACGGCACCCGCGACGACUUCCUCGCCAACUGCGCCUCGGGCGCCUACGACGCCGUCGUCGGGUGCUACCGCUCCAACGCCUCUGUGCCGCUCACGGGCCCCUUCGACGCGGCCCUCAUUACCGCCCUGCCCCCCCCCUGGAAGUUCGUCUGCCACAACGGCGCAGGCUACGACAACAUCGACGUCGCCGCCUGCAGCGCCCGCCGUAUAGCCGUGUCCGCCACUCCCGGCGCCGUCGACGACGCCACCGCCGACAUCGCCAUCUUCCUCCUGCUCGGCGCCCUACGGCAAGCGCACACAUCACUAACAGCGCUGCGCGAGGGCCGGUGGAAGGGCGAUGCGAAAAUCGGCCAUGAUCCCCGCGGGAAGACGCUGGGGAUCCUGGGUAUGGGCGGCAUCGGGCGCGCCGUGGCGCAUCGCGCGCGCGGGUUCGGGAUGCGUAUUAUUUACCACAAUCGCCGACGUCUAGACCCGUCUCUGGAGGACGGCGCGGAGUACGUCGGUUUUGAUGAGUUGCUCGCGCGCGCGGACGUGCUGUCCCUGAACCUGGCGCUGAAUAAGUCGACGCGGCAUAUCAUCGCCGCGCGCGAACUCGCCAAGAUGAAAAAGGGCGUCGUGGUCGUGAAUACAGCCCGCGGGGCGCUGAUCGACGAGGCGGAACUGGUGGAGGCGCUAGAGGCGGGACAGGUGUCGGCUGUUGGACUGGAUGUUUUCGAGAACGAACCGACGGUGCAUCCUGGGUUGGUGAGGAAUGAGAGGGCGUUUCUGCUGCCGCAUUUGGGGACUAGUACCGUCGAGACGCAGCGCGAGAUGGAGCUUUUGGUGCUGCGGAAUCUGGAGGGGGCGGUGGAUGGGGAGGGGAUGGUCACGUUGGUUAGUGAGCAGAAGGGCUUGGAUUGGGCGCUGGAGAAGAGGUAG